AUGGACUCAGGACUCGCUGUAAAUGUCCCAGCAAUAAAUGAGGGCUCUCAAAGCGUUAAUGAGGGCUGCAAACUGCAAGAAGCUGCAUUACUAGUUACACAGCCAGGGUUUGUACCACAGAAUACCUCUACAAAAUCUUCAAGUCUUAGUCGGAAACGAAAGCAGGCCCGUUCUAUUAUCCGUGAUAAAAGGGCAUGCCUGGACAAUACACUAGUCUCUGAUGCGCAACCUCGGGAAACUACCGCAGAUUUCAUUAAAACAGUUGAUUUCUAUAUAGAAAACCUGUUAGGAGCUGGAGAUGACACAAAUUCCUGGUCUGCAGCAUUGGCAAGGGUCUCAGAAGCUAACGGUGAUGCGAUAGUACCGGUAGCUACUACCGUACUGACAUCGUCUUUGGAAUCACAGACAUCUGCGGUGGUUAAUCUGCCCUGUGUGGUUGGAGCCGGUGUUGAGGAUGAAUCUUCUGUGAUUUUUGAAACAUCUCUACCUGCAAAUCAGAAGCAUUUCAACAAUGAGUUGUUGCUGGAUUUGACCACGCAAGUGAGAAGACAGACUGAAGGCAUCGCUGCCUUAAAUUCGAGGUAUACAAAUCAAGAGGCAUUGGUGAGAGGACAGACUGAAGGCAUCGCUGCCAUAAUUUCGAGGUCUACAGAUCAAGAGGCAUUAAACAGACUUAUAUUUGGAACGCUCCAGAAGAUGGCUGAAGAACAAAACUUGGUGAACAGAAUGCUGCUUGAUCGAUUGGAGAACAUCCAGAGAAACGAAUUCGACCUACAGGGAAGUACGGUAAUUCUGCUUCAAUAA